GUUCUUCGGAUUCUGUAGGUGCUUCAGGUUCUUCGGAUUCUGUAGGUGCUUCAGGUUCUUCGGAUUCUUCGGAUUCUGUAGGUGCUUCAGGUUCUUCGGAUUUUGUAGGUGCUUCAGGUGUUUUAGGUCCUUCGGAUUCUGUAGGUGCUUUAGGUGUUUUAGGUCCUUUAGGUGUUUUAGGUUUUUUAGAUGUUUUAGGUGCUUCAGAUUCUGUAGGUGCUUCAGGUGUUUUAGGUGUUUCAGACUCCUUAGCAGUUACUUUAAUUAAUCCAAAACCUUCAAGUACCAUCCCACGAUCAUAUAUUGGCAUGAUACCGUAUGAAUGUGGACUUACAUCACGAUGUCGUAAAAUUGACAGAGGACUGGCGGAAAUGCAGGAAAGUCCAAGAAUAAUAUAUAAUAUGCUAAAUGUAAUUGAAGGUGUUGGUUUAAAUUUGGUGAGUUUCAUUUCAAAUUUUGGUAUUAAACAACAUGGCAUUUCGCAAGUUAAACUAAAUAGAUAA